AUGGCUUUCGUUCACUGUGGGUCUGAAGAAUGCACCAUAUCCGAACUAGACUUGUUCCAAAUAGCCCCUACGCAGACCAGCAUUGAGAAAAGCAUCUACCUCGAGGUGCCACCUCUGUCGGCCGUUACGGAGUCUGCCCCCAUUGACUUUUUUAUAGCAGGGAAUGGCAUAGAUUAUAUGGAUUUAAACAACACACUGCUGUACCUGUGUUGCAAGAUUGUAAAAGGAGAUGGAACUGAACUCGAAGCGGACGCCGAGGUGGGCCUGGUGAAUUACCCAGUGGCCUCUAUUUUUAGUCAGCUGGAUGUCACGCUCAGAGACCGUCUUGUAAGCCAAAGCAACAACUGUUACCCUUACAGGGCCUUUAUAGAAUCGGUGCUCAAUUACAGCAACGACACCCUCGCCACACAAUUUUCCGCUGGCCUCUUUUACAAAGACACUGCUGGACAACAGGAAGACACAGACUUGGAUGGCGAGAAUCUAGGCGGAACCAACGGCUUUAAACUGUGCAUUCUAUCAGCAUCCCUUUUUGUGAAGAAAGUACGGGUGGCCCCGAGCGUUCGUCUGGGGCACGCCGAGGCCCUGCUUACCGCUAAUGCCAAAUACCCCGUGGACCGUGUGGGAAUGAAAGUGUUUAGCAUCUCUGCAGGCAGCAGGGUCAGUAACCAGGAGAACCAGUUCCUGGAACAGUUGCCCAAAAUGCUUGUCCUGGGGUUCGUGGAUAACGAUGCCUUUAGCGGAAGUUAUGCUAAAAAUCCCUUUCAUUUUAAGCAUUACGAUAUUAAUUUUGUGGCCUUGUAUGUGGAUGGUGAGCAGAUACCGACCAAGCCUCUUCAACCAGACUUCGAGGCAGGACGCUGCAUGAGAGAAUACAUGAAUCUGGUACAGACGGCCGGUAAACACAUGAAAGAUGGUUCUCUGUUAAUCGACAGUGAGGAGUUUGCACAGGGUUACACCCUGUUUGCCUUUGACCUGUCCCCCGACCAGGAAUGCGCUGAUCACUAUUCCCUGAUUAAAACCGGGAACCUGAGAGCAGAAAUUCGUUUUGGGAAGGCUUUAACCAUUACUAUCAAUAUGAUCGUGUAUGGGGUUUUUGACAACGUCAUAGAGAUAAAUCAGAGGAGAAAUGUUCUGUUUGACUACAUGUGA